GCGGCGGCGGGGCGGCCGGGCUCUGCCUCUCAGGGAGCCCAGCGCAGGCCGCGCAGCCGGGGCCGCGGAGCCCGCACGGCCGGCGCAGAGGAGCUGGACAAAUCAUACGGAACGUGGUCCCUGCCCUCAUGGAGCUCACAGUCUCUUCGGGAGCCAGAUGUGAAGUAAUCACGCCAAGAAUUUGUUCCCUUUGAAGAGUGGCUCCUGGAUAUCCAGGCCCUUUGGGGCUUUAGGAGCCUAGUAGGUGAAAUUCUCUGCCUCUGAGGAGAAACACUGCCUGCUCCUUUCUCAAGAGCAAGCUCCCCAUUGCUAUGGAUACCGAAUCCACAUAUUCUGGAUAUUCUUACUAUUCAAGUCAUUCGAAGAAAUCUCACAGACAAGGGGAGAGAAAUAGAGAGAGACACAAAUCACCCCGGAAUAAAGAUGGCAGAGGGUCAGAAAAAUCUGUCACCAUUCAAGCUCCUACCGGAGAGCCCCUGUUGGCAAAUGAUUCUACUCGGGCAGAGGAAGUUCAGGAUGACAACUGGGGAGAGACCACAACAGCCAUCACGGGCACCUCAGAGCACAGCAUAUCCCAGGAGGACAUUGCCAGGAUCAGCAAGGACCUGGAGGACAGUGUGGGGCUGGACUGCAAGCGCUACCUGGGCCUCACUGUGGCCUCGGUCCUCGGACUUCUAGUGUUCCUCACGCCCAUCGCCUUCAUCCUGCUGCCCCCCAUCCUGUGGCGGGACGAGCUGGAGCCCUGCGGCACGAUUUGUGAGGGCCUCUUUAUCUCCGUGGCCUUCAAGCUCCUCAUCCUGCUCAUCGGGACGUGGGCGCUCUUUUUCCGCAAGCAAAGGGCCGACGUGCCACGGGUUUUCGUGUUCCGCGCCCUGUUGUUGGUCCUCGUCUUCCUUUUCGUGGUCUCCUAUUGGCUCUUCUACGGGGUUCGCAUUCUGGACUCGCGGGACCGGAAUUACCAGGGCAUCGUGCAGUACGCCGUGUCCCUGGUGGACGCGCUGCUCUUCAUCCAUUACCUGGCCAUCGUGCUGCUGGAGCUCAGGCAGCUGCAGCCCAUGUUUACGCUGCAAGUGGUGCGAUCCACCGACGGCGAGUCCCGGUUCUACAGCCUGGGACACCUCAGUAUCCAGCGAGCAGCAUUGGUGGUUCUGGAAAAUUACUAUAAAGAUUUCACCAUCUAUAACCCCAAUCUCCUAACAGCCUCCAAAUUCCGAGCAGCCAAGCACAUGGCCGGGCUGAAAGUCUACAAUGUAGAUGGCCCCAGUAACAAUGCCACCGGUCAGUCCCGGGCCAUGAUCGCUGCAGCCGCUCGGCGCAGAGAUUCAAGCCACAACGAGUUGUAUUAUGAAGAGGCAGAGCAUGAGCGGCGGGUGAAGAAGCGGAGAGCAAGACUGGUGGUCGCAGUGGAGGAGGCCUUCAUCCACAUCCAGCGGCUCCAGGCCGAGGAGCAGCAGAAAGCCCCAGGGGAGGUGAUGGACCCACGGGAGGCCGCCCAGGCCAUCUUCCCCUCCAUGGCCCGGGCUCUGCAGAAGUACCUGCGUACCACUCGGCAGCAGCACUACCACAGCAUGGAGAGCAUCCUGCAGCACCUGGCCUUCUGCAUCACCAACAGCAUGACCCCCAAGGCCUUUCUAGAACGUUACCUCAAUGCGGGCCCUACCCUGCAAUAUGACAAGGAGCGCUGGCUCUCGACGCAGUGGAGGCUGGUUAGCGACGAGGCCGUGACGAGUGGACUGCGGGACGGAAUCGUCUUCGUCCUGAAAUGCUUGGACUUCAGCCUCGUGGUCAAUGUGAAGAGAAUUCCAUUCAUCGUGCUCUCAGAAGAGUUCAUAGACCCCAAAUCUCACAAGUUUGUCCUACGCUUGCAGUCCGAGACCUCGGUUUAAAAGUUUUCUAUGUGUGGCUUUAUUACAAAAAAAAAAAAAAGAAUAUAUAUAUAUAUACAUAUAUAUAUAUAUAUAGAGAGAGAGAGAGAGAGAUAUCUAUAUGUAUACCAGAGGGGCAUCUUUUUUUUUUAUUAUUAUUAUUAUUCCUCAUUGCUGCCUGGAACUGGCAGAUGAUAAACCAAUAUCCUUCGACCAUCUGCACUUUAUCUGGAAGGAAGCAGGGGAUGUCCACCCUGGAAAAAAGUGACGGACGACAUCUAACUUUCGUGGAUGGGACUUCUCGCGAAGCGGUUCCCUGGCAAUUGUGUGACAGCUGUAAACCAAAGCGGAGCAGGUGGUCCUUGGGAGCCUCGCCUUACAGCAGCUGGUCCCCCCACCUCUCAUCCAGGAUCACGCCCUCCUGGCGCUUCUGGUCCGACCCCUCCGAGACUCCCGGGGGCGGGACACGUCUUCAUUCCGUUUUGGGAAACCAGACAUGACACGUCCAUGUACGUGCUUGGGUGUGUAAACGUCCAGUUCCACGUCACCCACGGGAGCCCCGGGGCUGCUCCAGAAAUACCUGCCUUCGUCUCUGUUCUCUGUUGCCUUAGAUUCUGCUGAGAAAGGUCACAACAAAAAAUGUGCACUGUUUACAGCUCUCAGUGAUUUGAUUUUGGUCCCCCCUGCCCCCAGAGAAAACCUACCUGUCCUGUUUCUGACCCUGUUUGUGUAGGUUUGCAGAUCCCAUGAUUGCCCACUCGUCUCAUGCCAUCCACCCUUCCCUGUACACACCACACUCCCACCUGACUGGUAGCCCUGGCCGGGGAAGCCCAGCCUUCAGAGCUGCCCAGGACCUGGCUCUUCCUGUGUGCUCACAGGCCCUGUGUGCUGCCUCCAGCGGGUGCCACGGACUGUCUGCGUAAAGAAGCCUAGAAUGCCAACCAAGGAGAACACUGGGAGAGCAAGCCUGCCAGAGUGUCCCUGUUAGGCAGCAGGAGCCCCUCCCCUCCCACCUGUCCUCCCCACUGCUCACAGGGACCUAGGGGAAGACAGAUACUGCCACUCAGGGACUGGCAGGUGCAGCCUGGAGCCUCUAAUUUCCCCGGGGAGCUAAGCCCUCGCAAGGCUUCAUAGCAAGCUGCCCUGCCAAGGGAGACCAAACAGUGCCCACUGCAGUGACAGCCGCUGCUGUCCGGUCCCUGAUUUCUGACCACCAUCACUGUGCAGCUCAUGACCUCAGCCACCAGGGAAGGGGCUACUUUGGCCCUGGUGUUAGAAUUCCUUGUAGUUCUUGGUAAAGUGGGGAGAGAGAGUGGGUGAGCAGCAGAGCUAGGGGAAGGGAAAGGUGGGGAGCCAAUCUUACGAUCCCAAACGAUUCAUCUGUGAUCUGUUUCUUAAAUGCAGCUGGUGUCAGGAGGCUCAGCCUUGGCCCGGGGGAGCAGCCAUGGCCGGGGGGUAGGUGGCAAGCCAUCUUGGCAGAGCCCUGCUGCAGGGGCACUCCCGCCUGUGCCUCCAUUUGCCUUCCUGUAUCCACUGGAUAGGCAGACCUUUCCAGAGUAUUAACCCUUGCUUCUCCUAGGGAUUUGGGGUGUCCAGUCACCUCGCUUUAGAAAAGGGAGACACUGUCUCAAUGCUCUUUGCGACCGCAAGUACCCGUCCUGGUUUGUGCAUUCCAAAAAGGGGUGCUGUAUUUGUGUAUCAUUUUUUACAAUCAGAAUUGGCUUUGGAUACUUCUUAAUACACCUGUACCUGAAAAAGCGAACAGCAUUCUUGAAUCAAAAGCCUGCAGCUCAAAAUGAUGUGUUGGAAUAGAAGGAAGGUACCAGUCGGUGUGGCAUGCAGCCAAGAUGUGCUAUGUAACUACGUGGUCCUGUUUAUGGAAAACACAUACCAUGUAACCAUGGUGCUUCUGUUCUUAGUUUUUGAAGUGGACAUUCCUUACAAUGAUGAUGACUUUCUCAGGAAAUAUAUUUUGGGGAGAUAGGACAAGGGAUGGUCAAAGUGCAUGGGACCUUAGCUGGGUCACAGUUAUGAUGUCCCAGACUAAGUGUGUCACAGGCUUCUGCAUCAGGAGCAUAGCAGCUGAAGAUGCCAUAAGUAGUUGCUGUGGUGCAUAUACAGAACAUGGAGUUCGUGAUGACACUAUUCAUUUGCACCCUAAAAUAUUGUGCUUCCAACCCUGUCUUAAGCUACCAGGCCAGAAGGGGUGAAGAUGGAAUCAUGGCUUUGGUGCCUAUUUUCAUUCCCAGCAGGGUGAAGAAAGGUUUAAAAUAAGGAAUUUAUUUUCUGUCCACCCCCUUGUCUCUCCCCCCAGUCUUUACAUAGGAGAAUGUCAAGACUUUCUGAAAUUAUUGUUUCGCUUUUAAAUUGGAUAUUGAUUUUUUUACACUGACUUUGUAUUGAGUCCCUUUUGAAAGAAUAACAAAAUAAAAUGUAGGAUCUUUGUAUAAAGGCUUUGCACUUUGAAAAUCUUAAUAACUUGAGUUACUGGUGCAGUGGGAACAAUGUAAAUGGCAUUAAAAAGAUUGAAGGUUUCAGAAAGCCUCGUCACACAGCCGAGCGCGAAGCAUUUUUAUUUCACUUCUUGGAACCAAUAGGCUAUUCUUAAAAAGCAGGUAAAGUGCCCUAGGGCUAGUAAAAUACAUGAGACUUCACAGGAGAGGAGGUAAGAUUUCAUUUGCCUUAAAUGUUUAUAGAUUUUCUAUGACUUUCAACCUCAGUUAUUAAAACGUGGAAGUUAAAAUGUUUGGUGGAGAGGACCCUGUAGGGAGCCCAUGCCUGAGAUCUCUCUCUCCCUACCCUCGGCAGUGUCUUAACCAGUGGCUAACUUGCUGUUCAACAUAUACUUCUGAAGGGGAUGAUACUUCUUAAUCAUCCGUGAACUGAAUGUUAAAAAGUCUGCAUGCUCAGAGUUGGAAGGAUCUUGAAGGUGUUAUACUUUUCCCAUCCUUUGCAUCAAUCAGUUAAGUCAGAAUGCUGAAUGUUUCUGCUAAAGUUCAUCAGGUAAGCCUUUGAGAAGAUGCUUGAGCAGGUUUUUGCCCAGCUGUCAUCAUCCCCUGUCUUCCUCUCUGUCCUCCCCUUUCAAGUCUACGGAUAGGACAAAUUCUGUAUAGAAGUGGGUGGAGGUGAGUGGCCCUGGAGCACGUGUGUGCACGUGCACGCGUCACAUUGGGGUUCGUUCCUGGAGCUGGAGCUCCUUUCCAGCAGGGAGGUGGUGGUGGCUGGGCUGCUGUUGGGGAGGAUGAGAUGGGGUGUCCCCCUCCCCUUUCACCAUACUUGGGGCUCCUCUUGGUUUUGCAGGCAUAUUUAGAUGAGGCUGUAGCUCUGUGGCAAGCCCCCAGCCUGUCAGGAUGGCGUAAAUCAUUGCCUUGCCCCUCCUCCCCCCACCUCCCACCCGCACCUGGGGAAGGGUUAGUCUCUGUGAAACCAAGAGAAUCAGAUCCUUGGUUCACACUCCCUCUGGCUGGAUCGUGCGAUGCAAGUCUCCCUAAAUGGUAGCUGUGUGUUUUCCAUAUAUAUGUGUGCAUGGCUCUGAGUCGAAUUACCACACAGAUGGCACGUUUAUGUGUGAGGCCUUUGGAACCUCUGUGUUGUGUGUAGCUGGUGGGUGUCCCUUCAACAAGUAACUUAGACAUGUGUUUGUAUGGGUGAAUGUCUUCAGAGUGUGUUUCUGCCUGUGGCCCAUGGGGGAGGGAUUUCCUAACAGCACCCAUUUUCUGGAAGGCUGCUCUAAAGCCAGUUUACUUCUCCCCUGGCUCUUUAUUCCGUCCUGGCAGUUACACUGGCUUCUCCCCAGGAGUAAAUGGCUUUAGCAUAGAAGUGUCUUCUGGAAAGCUUGAUGUCCUGCAGGCAAUCCAUUAGACUCUUUCUUGCCUUAGAACCCUAUGGCCUGAAAACAGCAAGAAACAGAGAAAGAAAGGUCAAGCUUUGUGAUAAUUACUGCUCCAACUUUACCACCCUGGAAGCCUUACUAUCUAUUUUUCAAUAUAACUUAAAAGUUGAGCUUCAUAAAGAAAAAUAAGAUUGAUUAUCAAAAGUAGCACAGAAAUGUUAAUAUUUAAGUCAUCCAGCAGAGAUCCUGCAAUUGUAAAGUAAUGCAUUUAUGGGUAGCAUUUAUGCUUUAUGGAUCUUGUUACAAAAAAAAUCACGACUGUGAUUUUACUAUGUAAGCUUCUGGUCAUAUUCCAUCAUAAAUAAAAUAUGAAUUGUUUUUAAGCCCAUAGCACAGUUCUUGAAUGGUAUUCAGCGCAGCAGUGAACCAAGGUAGUUUAGAUGCUACAUUGAAGUUGCCUGUAUUGCCCUUUAACCAAGUGGAUGCUGAGAACAUUAGAUUUCAGAUCAUGUUUUUGACAAGAUGUAUUCUGGCCACACAAGGAAGAGAAGAGUACCAGCACAUUUAUCAGGUAUUACGUAUUCAGGUGCUGUUCUAGAACAUGAACUCCUUUUAGGCAGUUCUCUCAGUUUAAUGGGCGGAAGAGGACGAUCAGAGAGGGAGGGACUUGUCUCAGGUCUCCUGGCUAGUGAAUGGGAUUUCAAAUCUAAUGUCUGACUCCAGCACCUCACUCACUGCACCUUGAUGUGUGAUCUAAAACAAGCUGGCAUUUUGGAAUGUGGAUAAGGGAGCUGAGGACCCCUAACCUGGAAUCAGAACCUGGGUUGAGGGUUCCUCCCAGGGAGUGGGAUCCCUUUCGUUCUUCCAUUUUGUACCAGAGUUGUGGGCCGAGGGAGCAUCUCCAUCGUGCUGGCAAAUUUCAUAGGAUUUCUAAAUUGAAAGAAUUUGUGAAUGCCCUUCCCCUGGGAAAACUAGCCCUGCUAGCACCACACAUAGACCAAGGAGCUGUUGUUCUGGUAGCUGUCCUUUACUUUGGCCCCUCUGGCCCUCCAACCCAGGCAGGGAGCUGGGCAGGGGCAGACCUGGCCUCUUCUCAAGCUGAGGAACCCUUCACUGGUGCUCCACUCCCUCUGGUUAGGGUGGUAAAGGCACCACCUGCAGUCCCAGCCUCCAGAGGUCUGGAACUGGGGUCCCCUGGCCUCCCUCCUUGACCUGUGUGUUCGCAGCAGGCAUUUCACAUCCCACUGUUUUUCCCCACAUUUGCCCUCAAGAGUUUUAACAGAACAUACAUAAAACAGAAGUCUGAAAACAUGGUUUUCCUCUCUUCUAAUGUCUUUAAGAUUCUGUUCCAUUGUGCACAAACUACCCUUUUCUUUCAAGCUGUUCAUUUUCUUCAGAGCACAGGAAAAUGAAGCUGAUACAUUCCUCAGCUUGGCUACUCAUUUGGAAUCAGGACAGAUUUUAAAAGGGUAGAAGAGAAAUGAUAAAACUAAUAAGAUAGGAAGUUGAGGACUCCGUGGGUCUCCCAUGCACCAUCCCAUUUCUACUUAGAUAAUCCAAUUUGCUCUGUUUCACCUGUAAAAUAUCUUUAAUGGGUUGUCUUUGAGUCCCCCCAGCAUAACAGCAGACUUCUAAUAUCUGAAGCAGUACUGUAAAAGGCCACUUCCAAAAUGACACUAAGAAUCUACAGUUUAUAUGUCUUGCAGCUUGAAAACACACCAAUGUUUUGUCUUAGUAGGAUAAAAAUACUCUUAAGCCUGGAGAGCAAAUGUGAAAACCCCCAGGCUUUUAUCGUAAGAGUGCCUUUCGGCACUUCUUUGGGCACUGAAAUUAUAUUUGCUUAAAAAUAUUUGAAUGUAUAGUUGUCUGGUGUUGUGUUUGCUUAUAUUUAUCGGAGCUUUCUCUUAUGACAGGAGUUUUCAUUCUGGAGGAACUGAUCAUUUAGGAGCUCUGAAGCUCCCCAUGAGCCCAAAGCCUAGGAAAGCUUCAUCUCUGAGGUUCAGUGACUGUUGCUCAGGGAAUUAGCAGUGGAACCCAGGCAGCUGAUCUGUGGAUGAUGAGUCUAGUUUAACUCGUGUCGUUGCACACUGUCACCAUUCCAGGGGCCAGGUAGAAAGAGGUGGCAGUGGGUUUUCAUGUGCCAGUGCCCCUUGGUCACAGAAAUAAUGGAAUGUUCACUUAAUGUUGUUCAUCAUCCUCAAAAAAAGGAAGGAAGGAAGGAAGGAAGGAAGGAAAGAAGAAAGAAAGAAAGAAAGAAAGAAAGAAAGAAAGAAAGAAAGAAAGAAAGAAAGAAAGAAAGAAAGAAAAAAGAAAGAUGUAAAAUUCAAACCUUGGUGGUAAAUCCUUAUUUUUAUAAUGGAUUCACAGGAUGGAGGCUUUAAAUAGCAAAUUCCCUGAGACCCCUAAAUGAUGACAUUAACCAAAUUUUAUUUCCAAGUAGUUUAUGAGCACUACUAUUGUGUGGAGUGCAGGACACUAACCAGAAUGAGCACAGGUGGGUAUUGUCUUACUGGGGUGAUGAGACCUUGUGCAGUGGCAAAGAUGCUACAGAGAAGACUAGGGAGGCCUGAGUCAAAUCUUCUUCAGAUAAGUUUAUUUGACAAUUGCUCUUGUGUUGAAAGAAUUUUUUGCUUCUGGAUUUCGAACUUAGAACGUUCUGUGACAAAACCAUCUGGCUCUGUUUGAUGGAUAGAGCAAAGAUGUGGCCAGAUGUGCAAAGAUGUGGCCAGAGGUCCUUGUGUUCUUUCUCAGUAGUUAAUACUAUAGCUUGUAACCAGGAGAGGCAGUUUUGCUAAUGUCUCUACUCCGAUCACUGUAUCUGUAGGAGAAAGUCUAAAUAUGAUGUCCUGCGUAAACAGGUGGCAGGCUCUGUUGAGGCAUUUCAAACAUCUAAAUGAAUGACUCUACUAGCAACCAUCUGCGAAAGUAAGUUUACCUAUGUCCAUGAAGUGUAUGUAAUGAAAUAUCUUUUCAUUGUGACAUCCAUCAUUAAUAAUGUUAGCAUCUACUACUGACAUGGUGUACCUGGCAGCCAAGUUAUUUGGUUCCCUUUUGGAUCCUCCAUCCCAAUUAACUGUAAAACAUUUUAUAUGUUACAUUUUUUAAUACUGUAAAACUUGAAAAAUAAACAGAAAUCCCAAA